AUAGCCCUAAUGAGAACAAUUUUGCCCCGUGAAUACGGGUGCGGGUGCAGUAUUUCUAGUCUUCUUGAUUGGACUGUUGAAUACGGGUGCAUGGAGGGAAAAACUCAGAUCCAAACAUUCAGUAAAUAGCUCGCCUAGCAGUAACGCAUUGACAUUUGACAGUAACGUCCAUCAACAAAUGUUUCAUAUGUCGUCGAUACCAGUAUACGACGAUGAAGAUGGUGAACUCUACAUUAAUGCUGCUGCACGUUUGAAAUCGUACAAAUCUCAGCGCCAUAAGGAAAAAGAUAAAUCUUUAGAUGACGACAAUAAUUAUCUUUCAAACCGAUAUUACUUUUUCAGAGAAACCGAUAACUCACUUGUUAACUCAAAACAGUCAGAAACGUUCCAGGAUAACUCCAAUAAAUUGACUGAUUUGUGUGAUGUCAAUCGUAAUAACGAUUCUGUUAUCCGAAAUGCAUGUCCUAAUAUAACUAACAGUUUUGAAACUGUUGACUUGGACGAAUAUAAUGAUUCUGAUAACGAUAUUUCUGUUGAUACUCUUGACACAAUUCGAAUAACAGUAAGAUGGAGGUCGCGACAUAUAGAACACAUCGAGCUUGCGAUGGAUGAUCCUUUUUCAGAAGUUUUUAAGCAUUUUGCAAAUGUAGAAAAUGUUUCUCAAACUCAAGUCUUACUUCUAAAAAAAGAUGUCCCAAUUAAAAAUACAGACACGCCUUCAUCUUUGGGUUUAUCCAUUACUGAUGUACUUGAGGGUGGUAUAGUCAACGUGGAUGCUAUACAAACUUUAGAGUUUGAGAAUAAGAAUUACGAGUUGGAUUCAUCAAGUUGCAAAAUUAAAAUUCAAUUGUCAGGAAAACAAUCGCUUACAUAUCAAAUGAAACGAAAUGAACGAUUUUUACAAUUAGCUCAGUAUUGUGCUGAUAAGCUAAACUUGGGUCUUUCAAAAAUGAAAUUCUAUUUUGAUGGAGAACGGAUUCAAGAUGAAGAUACUCCUCAAGAUUUAGAUAUCGAUGAUGAAGCUUGUAUAGAUCUUCAAAUAGUGUCUUGAUGAUACUAUUUGAAAAACUUGUUGAUUUUCUCUUUUCUUUUCAAAGAAUGUAAAAUAAAUAUUAAAAUAAUAAAAUAAAAUAAUUCCCUCAGCAA